UGUUGACGACGUCGGUUUGUUGUCUUCGUGUCGUUUAGGAGCACGUCUUACCGGUUAAAUAAAGGUAAUAGUAAAUUAUUUGCAAUGCCAGAAACAUCAGAAUCAGACUCCGAGUACAAUUCGUCCGAUGAGGAGCUACAAGAAGCCUUGGCGAAAGGAUUAUUAAAGCCAGGACUCAAUGUAGCAGUCAAGACAAGUGGCAAGCAGUCCAAGAAUUGCAUCAGUCUCAUGAAACAAAAAUUGAAUGAAAUAAAGCUAAACUUGCCAUGGGUCGAGAGGCUGGAUAUGGUAAACGCACUUGCACCAUUGGCACCAGAAUUAGCACUUCAAAUGCAAGAGCAAGAAGUAAGACGGGCUAAGCAGCUACAGGGGAAUAGAAAGUUACCUCAAUAUGAGCCAUCUGAGGAUCCUGUUCUGAAUGACUUUCGCAGAGAGAACAUGUUUCACCGUCAAGCUCAGGGUGCUGUUAUGGAAGGUAUUAAUAAAUUAAAAAAGCUUGGCAUACUGACGUCUAGACCUGAUGAUUAUUUUGCCGAGAUGGCCAAAUCUGACGAGCACAUGCAAAAAGUACAAGAAAAUCUAAUGAAGAAGAAGACGAUAGCUGAAAGAUCGGAAAAAGUGAGACAGUUGAGACAACAGAAAAAGGUUGCAAAGAAAAUGCAAGUUGAGGCAACUUUAAAGAAACAUGCAGACAAAAGAAAAUUGAUGGAUGAGGUUAAAAAAUAUCGUAAAGGUAUUCGAAAGGAUCUCGAUUUCUUGGAUGAUAAAAAGAAACCACAAAGUAAACCGCAACAAGAUAAACCACACAUAAAUCGCAAGAUAAAUUGGAAGGCGCAAAUAAAGUCUAAUAAAUAUGGUUAUGGAGGUAAAAAACGUGGUAGCAAAUGGAAUACAAAGAGUAGUUCAGCUGAUGUUUCUGAGUACAGACGACCAGGAAAACCAAAACAAGGCAAAAGAGGAAAUGGUGGAAAGGGGAAGCACACACAAAGAUUUGGCAAAAAUCGUAGAAUGCGAAUGAAAGCAAAGAGGAAAUGAU